AUGCGGAAAAUGAAUAACAAGAAAGCUAGAGAAGAGAAGGCAUUGUCCAAAGAGCUAGAAAAGCAAAGAAAAGAUCCGAUACGCAUUGCUGAAAGAGAAAGAAAGAAACAAAUGGGAGGAUCUAAGGACUGUUUGCAGUACUUGAUUUUGAUGUUGGAUACCCGAAUUGUGAACUCUGGAGGGCAUGGAGUGGCCAUAUUUAAGGCUUGUGAAGCGCUAGGGAUACAGUACAUCACUAAAGAACAGACUGUACCAUUCAGUAUCACAUGGAACAGACAAGUCACCAGUAUUAAUGUAUCCAUGGAAAAUCAGGUUGAAACAGUGAAAUCCGAGCAGACGGAGGAAGAUGUCCUUGUGUUACUCCCAGUCGCUGACUUUGUUAAUUUUGUACAGAAUCAUAAAAAGUGUGGCAGCGAAUUAGGAUGCGGACCAACUCUAAUAAAUUAUGUACAGACUGUCAAACAACAUUUACCUAAUUCUAUUUUAUCAUUUGUGGUCAUAGGGAUGGAAAAAUAUUUUAGAGAUCAGAAAACUAAGGUACAAAGGAAGCACAGAGCAGCAGUGUUAUCCAGUGAGAGGGUGACUCCAUGUACGGACAGCGACCAAGGGAGUGUUCAUCGUCUGGAUGUCGAAGAGGCCAUUACAGACAACCAGCUUCAGACAGAUGUGAUGGUUUAUUUGUUGGAGACCUCAGAGGAACUCGCAGAGUUUGUACGCACAUUCUCAAAGGCUGUGGCAGAGAAACCUGCGAAGAAAGAUCGUUUACAGACAGCUUUCUUUGAUGAUGGUGUAUCUACAGUGAAAGUUGACAAGAAUGGACAAGGUCUUCUGAAGGUUUGGAAGCAACAGCUGCUGCAGUUUAAGAACAUCAGUCCUGACAUUGCUGAUGCUAUUGUACAGGCCUACCCUUCCCCUCACUCACUGAUGGAGGUAAGAAGGGGAGCUGGUGUUUUGGAGACGUCACGCAGAGUGGGAAAGGAAAUGUCAAGGAGAAUCUACACUUUGGUGACCAGUUCUAAUUCUAGCGAAGUUAUGAAAUGACCUCCAAUAUUUACAUUUACAUGUGUCAAUCCUGGAGCAAUACUCUCUGUUUUUAGCUUAAGAUGAUCUGAACAAUUAUUUUUUAUUGUAAAAUGACUCAUUAGAAGAAUUCAUGUAUGCAAUAAAUUGAUAGAUUCAU